AUGAGGGAAGGCGAGAUCUUCUUUCCCAACGAGCCUGUAAUCGAAGUCAGCGGUCCCAUCAUAGAGUGCCAGAUAGCUGAGACCUUUCUGAUAAACCAGAUCAACCUGGAGUCAAUGCUAGCGACAAAAGCUGCGCGCGUCGUAGAUGCCGCCGCCGGAAAGCAGGUCGUGGACUUCGCCUCACGCCGUACCCACGGUCUGGACGCCGGAAUCAAGUUUGCACGCGUCUCCUACAUCGCCGGAUUCGACGGCACCAGCAACGUCCGCGCGGCUUCUUUGUACGAGAUCCCAGCCGUGGGCACUAUGGCGCACUCCUACAUUUCCACGUUCGACUCCGAGACAGAUGCCUUUAGCAACUAUGCAAAGUCGUUCCCCGACUCCAGCACUUUCCUGGUUGAUACGUAUGACACGCUCAAUGGCGUGCGAAACGCCAUCAAAGUGGCGCAUGACAUGACCACUCACGGCAGCAGUCUAAGGGCCAUCAGACUCGACAGCGGCGACAUGGCCCGGCUCUCUGUACAUGCACGCGAAAUGCUGGAUCACGCUGGCCUCGGAAAUGUUCGGAUACUGGCCAGCAGCGGCUUGGACGAGUAUUCGAUCUCCGAUCUCGUGAGUUCCGGGGCACCUAUUGACGGAUUCGGGGUCGGCACUCGCGUCGGGACCUCGGCGGACGCCCCCUACACGGACUUCGUCUACAAGCUGGUCGAGUACGAUGGGACGCCGAUAGUCAAGCUCAGUGAAGACAAAGAGUCUCUGCCUGCCCCCAAACAGGUCUACAGGAUCAGCGACACGGAAGGAAUGUUUGAGCGUGACGUUAUAACAGAUGUGGACAAUCCUAUCUGCAACUCAAAUUCAAGCCCAAUCCUCAGUCAAGUGAUGGAAAAUGGUCGCACAAUCAACGAGUCACCACAUGUCAAUGCCAUCCGUAGACACCACCGCGAGAGGCUCGAAGGACUCCCUCCAGACCUUCGCGGUCCGACCCCCAAUGGAACUAUACUGUAG